UACUGCAUAUGUUUAAUUCAUUGAAUGGACUUGAAUGUGCAUAUUGUGGAUGUAUUAUAUAUCUGAUUGAAAAACUAUGACAAAUACAAUUCUUAUAACAGAACAAACUUUAAACGAGGAACAGAUAAAAAAUGCCUGUGAAGACCUUCAAAAUGAUGAGGUGAAAAUUUUAUCAAUACGAGAUUGUAAACUGCCAUUUGCAAAGCUGAAACACAUUUUAAAAUUGGUUGAAUCUUCGGAAUCCUUGUUGCAGCUAUGUCUAUGUGUUGGAAUUAUAACAGAUCAACGUCGAAUCGACUUGUUAUGUAGAACCAUAAAAGCCAAUCGAUCACUACAUGCCUUAUUUAUUCAUGGAAACAGUAUUGGAGAUGCAGGAAUGAAGAAAAUAGCCAAGACACUGCUCCAUCAUCCAACAAUUGCUUCAUUAGAUGUUGGUGAUUGUGACCUUAGUGAUGAUUCUAUAGAGACCAUUUGUAACCUUUUACCUCCUCGUGGAAAAAAGUCAGGUUUAAUUGACCUUACAAUGAGUUCUAAUCAGAAAAUAACAGAACAAGGAUGGAUCAAACUGAGUGUUUCCAUGGCAGCCAGUAGUUGUUUACAGGAGUUGUAUCUAGAUUACAACAUGAUAGGUGACUUAGCAGCAUCUUCUAUGUUGGUUGGCUUAGCAUCUCAUAGUCAGCUCCAGGUUCUUGAUUUGGAAGGAACUUGCAUCACUGAUAGGUUUGCUGAGUUACUAUUGUAUCUGAUUGAGAACUAUCCAACAAAACUACAGAAGAUUAAUUUGGGGGAAAAUAACAUUAAAUAUAGACUAUUAAAGUCUAUUAAGUCAAGUUUACUAGAUGUUGAAACAGAAUCUGAACUGUCAGAAAAACUUGAUAAUGCAAGUUCAGUGAAAUCAUCACCAAUUUAUUCUAAUGAAACAAGUGAUGCUGAACCAGAAGAAACUACUGAUGCAACAACAGAAACUGAGGUCCAAACAAUUGAAAUCAAAACAAACCCAGAAUUGAAAGGAAAGCAUAAACCAAAACUUGAGGAUACAACUAAAAGUAGUGACUCUCUAUGGGAUGGAGAUGAACUAAUCGAAAUAACAGAACCACCUUUAAUCAGUGCAAUACCAACAUUUAAACAUUUUACAGGUGUAAAUUUAGGUCAAAAAGUAAGUGUGUCAUCAGGUAGAGGGACUUUACCAGAACAAGACCAUUCUGAUGAAGAACUUAAGGAAGUUAAACACGAUUCACUUUGUUGAACACAGAUGAACUAGAGCCUAUUUAUCUGUCUUAUGAUGUAAACACAUUUCAAAAAAAUGUAAACUUUUAUAUAGACUAUGUAAAACACUACAGCAAAACAGUUUUAAUUCUGUUGUUUUUAGUGCUAUCAUCUUUUUGUACUUCUAUAUUAACAUUUGCAGUAAAAGUUACUAUGAAAAGUAGCUUCUUACAAAGGCUGAUCUACUAUAAAUCUAUCAAGAUAUUAAACUUUAUUAUCUUUUGAAAAAAAAGAGAUGGAAUGUGCACUUUUGAAAAACAGAAUGAGAUGGAAUGUGAACUUUUGAUAAACAAAAUCUGAUGGAAUAGUCUCUACUAAAAGGACUCAUCCUUUUAUUAAUUUGAUGUCAAUGGGACAUAAUUUUUUGUCCUAUAUAUCAGACACAGUAAUAAAUAUACACCAAUUCUGUUAAAUUGCAGUUAACCAUGUACAAUUAGAUCUAUUAAUUCUGUUGUCUUUUUUCACUUGCACUUGUUGAUCAAGAUGGGGUACCCCUAGUAUAGGAAUAAUUUGGGCACUUAGAUUCCUAAGUAAAAUAUGCUCUUAAUUUGCUUUCUUGCAUGCUAAAAUUUGUUAAAGUGUGCAACUGUAUGGAAUCACAGUACAUAAAGUAUAUAAAUAUAAUGCAUUUUGUUUUUUUACUAGUCAUAAAUGAUAGUAACGCUGUUGUAAACUUUAACAGUUUAUAAGAAAACUCACACAAAUAUAGGCUAUAAAACUAUUGCUUCAGUAGUUAGCUUUUUCUGGUUUGUAAUACAGUAAAUUAAAACUGUAGCAGUAAAAUGGUACAUCAGUACAGUUACUGCAAGACAUCUAUUUUCUAAUACAUCUUAAAGCCAUACCCAGUCAAACAAGUAGCAUUGUAAUCCGUACAAUAUUUUGAAAAGAUGAACUGCAUAGGAAUACCAUCUCCAUUCAACUAUAAGUCAUGUUCAGUACAUGUAUUACAACCCUUAAUUAAGCUGCAUGAAAAAAGACAUAACCCUCUAGGUUUAUAAUUACCUUCCAUCUAUUAUAUAUAUAGUCACAUUUUAAGACUAAAUUGAUGGCAAUUAAGAUCAUAGUUGUAUUUGAAGUGAAUGUGUUGAUUAAUAGAAUGUCAUGAUACCAAAUCGAGUCCAUCAGGGUUCUUAAUUAAUAUCCUAUAAUGACAAUAUUUUUAUUACUGCUGCACUUCACUCUAUAAUUUAUCAAAUAGUAAAUGGAAUUUUCAACUAAUAUUAUUUCAUAUAAAUGUAAAUCUUCCAGAUCUGCAAUAUGUUUCAUUGAGCAAUUAAGUCAUAUAAUUAGUGACUUAUUACUGUAUAAUGCAUAUUGUUAGAUUUAUGUGAUAUUUAUUCUUUUAUAUUUAAUGUUGUUUAAAUGUUACUAUGUUACACUAUUAAUGUUUUAAAGUAAAGUGUUGAAAAUGUG